CCUCAGUCCUGGGCCGCUGGAGCUGCAGUACACCCGGCCCGCAAGCUGACGGACACAAUGUCUUGCGGAGAUGAGCAGCAAUCUCGGGCCCUGACCAAACCGACUUUCAGUGAUGUUCAUGCCUCUGCCUUAGUGGAAUCGGUAUUUGGGCUCAAGGUUUCCAAGGUCCAGCCACUGCCCAGCUACGAUGACCAAAACUUUCAUGUGUACAUUUCCAGAACCAAAGACACUUCAGCUCCCGAUGGCCCAACUGAAUAUGUUCUCAAAAUAAGCAACACAGAGUCUAGCAAGACUCCAGACCUGAUUGAAGUGCAGAGUCACAGCAUCUUGUUUCUGAGAGCCGCUGGCUUUCCGACAGCCUCCAUGUGUCGUACUAAAGGAGACAACAUAACCUCUCUGGUGUCCGUAGAUAGUGGCUCUGAAAUCAAAAGCUACGUGGUGAGGCUGAUGACUUACCUCCCGGGCAGACGCAUCGCCGAGGUUUCCGUCAGCCCCCGGCUACUCUAUGAUGUUGGAAGACUGGCUGCCAGGCUGGAUAAGACCCUGGAGACAUUCCACCACCCCAAGGUCAGCAGUCUUCGUCGGGAGAAUUUCAUCUGGAAUCUGAAAAAUGUCCCACUCCUGGAGAAGUAUCUAGACGCCUUGGACCGGAAUCGAAAUCGCGAGAUUAUCCAACAGGUCAUUCGGCUGUUCAAGGAUGAAGUGAUGACCAAACUAAAUCACUUUCGAGAAUGUAUCAAUCACGGAGACCUUAACGACCAUAACAUCUUGAUAGAGCCCAGCAAGUCUGCCACUGGCGAUGCCGGGUACCAAGUGUCUGGGAUUCUGGACUUUGAUGACAUGAGCUAUGGCUACUAUGUGUUUGAGGUGGCAAUCACCAUCAUGUAUAUGAUGAUUGAAAGCGAGUCUCCCAUACAAGUGGGAGGCCACGUCCUUGCGGGGUUUGAAAGUCUAAUCCCACUGACCGCCGUAGAGAGGGGAGCUGUGUUCCUGCUUGUGUGCAGUCGUUUCUGUCAGUCCCUUGUCAUGGCUGCACACGCCUGCCAGCUACAGCCCGAGAACAAGGACUACCUCAUGGUCACGGCAAAGACGGGCUGGAAGCACCUAGAGCUCAUGCUCGACAUGGGCCAGAAAGCUGUAGAAGAAAUCUGGUUUGAAACGGCCAGGUCCUACGGUUCUGAGGUCUCUUUGUGACGAGUUUCCCUUAGCUUCGGUAUUUCAAAACCCACUAAGAUCAAAUCUAGUUGUAGGAAGGAUUGCUUCGUCACAGUUAAUGAAUGGACGGAGUAGACUGAUUCCGAACAUGACUUGGUGUAUGAAAAUAUGAAGGACUUCUACCAAUCUCAUGACCACCCUUUAAAGUUCAGAGAGCACUGCACGAGUAAGCACGUUUUUCUGGGGGUCUUGUUUGCCUAUGCUUAAAAGAUGCAGAACGGUAUCAUUUUGAAUCAGGUCUCUUACGGCCCUGAGAUCAAUGACUUUUUUAAACUUUGGAAAGCACACACACGCACAUUUUAAAUAGCAUAACAGCUAAUGCACAGAUGUAGCGAAUCACAACUCCUAGGAAGCCUUCUCUGAUUGGCCCUUCCUUUAAAAUCCCGGUGCACUUUGUCUUUCUUCUGGCACCUUCCUCUCCAUAAACGGAUGAUGGCUGCGGAGUCGCUCCCCCAGCCUGCGAGCUGCUACCCGAGGGCAGAGACCGUGCAUAGCUGACCAUGGUCUUCCCACCCUUUCCCUCAAGCGCCUUCCCCACAGUCCUUUACAAAUACAUUCUGAAUGAAUGCGGCUUAGAAGAGGCUAGGCAUGAGAAGGCACAUGGCCAGUGCCAUUCGUGAAAGAAAAAGCAACAUAAGUUGAGAUGGUAUUAGAAACUGGAACUCUGGACAAAGAAGGUGCUGGAGAGAGAUGCUCUAAGACACCAUUCUGGAACUGCAGGGAAGGGUCCACGCAAGGCCAUGAAAUCCUGGAAGCAUGGGAAUAUAAGGUUUUCAGGAAAAUCCCUCAGUAGGUUUUCUUAAUUUUUAUGACAUUUUUAUAUAUGUAGUAUUUUGUAGCUCACUGUAUAUUUACCCUAUGUCACGUUUGUUUUCCUUCACCGAUUUCCCAUCCUAUCUCCUGAAGUAAGGUUUACUCAAUGAUUUUUUUCUCCUGGUUCACUAGUCUCUAUACACAACUUCAGACGAUUCAUUCUCUACCCACGCCUCGACUCCAGCCGCUCAAACACCCUCUUGGUAGUUAUCACUGUCAAUAUUUAUGAGGAGGCAUCAAUAGUCUCUCGUUCUUCACCCCAUCUAUAGUCCCCAAACUAGGUGUCUUUUUAGGAGCUCUAAUGGUGUGUAGUGGAUUAUGUAUUGGGCUGUUAACCACAAGGUCAGUAGUUCAAAACAACCAGCCUCUCCUCGGGAGAAAGAUGAGGCUUUCUACUCUCAUAAAGAGUUAGUUACAGUCUCAGAAAUUACCGGGCAGUUUUACUUAGUCCUGUACAGUCCCAGGGAGUGAGGGAGUGAUUUUAAAUUUAAAUUUACUCGUAUCUUUCAAUCUUUGCAACUUCUCUGUAAUUUGGUUUCCUUCUCUCUAUAAAACUGGGGUAACAGUAAUAUCUACCACAUCAGAUAACAUAUUUCUGAAGAUUCCAUAAGAUGACAAUGCAAAGUGAGUAGCACAGUGCUUGGCACAUAAUAGGGGCUCAAUAUUUAUACAAAUGAAUAAUGACUGAAUCGUAUUCCAGGUUACCCAAACUCAAGAUAUUACAGUAAUUUUUAUGUGCCCUUCCAAAUGUAAUUGGUGAGCCUUAUUGAUUCUUGGGAUCAUAGAAUUUUAGAUAAAAAAAUCAUAGAAUCAUAGAAAUGUAGAGAAUAGUUCUUGCCUUACUAAAUUUCCAAUCAAAACAAAACACAACUUAACCCAGACACACUGCCAUCAAGUCAGAGAGCCUCUUCUUUCUCCCCAGGAGUGGCUGGUGGGUUUGAAUGCCUAAUCCACAGCAUCACCAGGGCUCCAAAUUUCUAAUACUGUAUAAUCAAAGCCAACCUUUAUUGAACACUAAAGACACGUCACAUGCAUUUUCUCUCAUCAUCACGACAAACUCAUGACGUUUGUUGAUGAAUCCCUAAUUUCGAGAUUAACAAAAUUAAGACUUAAAAAGGUGAAGGAAUUUGCUCAGAGAGAGCCAGGGCUUAACAACACUCUCUGAUGGAGGCCAUGCUUCUAAUCACUACAGGCUUCCAUUCUGCUUCCUCCCCCCCAACUCCCUUCCCUACGCACAUACUCACACAGCCCUCUGCCUGGGCAGGAGCAACAAACGAGAGCAUUCCAAUCAAAGCACAAGAACUGCCCAGCUGGAAGGGCUUAGGGUUUCCGUCUAGCCGGACCAUUCUUUGACAACUGGAGAAUGGCUGAGACUCUUCACUCCGUUUCUGUGGUCCCUUAUUCGGUGAAACUCUACAGUUUCUCCUGGGAAUGUGGAUUUCCCUUCACUGGAUUCCUUGUGCACAUGUUGUCUACCACUAUUGUAAAUACACGCUGACUUGCAUUGAUGUUUGACUCUCUGGGUCUGAUCUCAUUUAGCAACCAGUCCCAUGUCAUUAAUAAACUCUUUGGCGCCCUGUUA